AUGUCGACCACGGCGCCCAUUCGCCUCGGUGUGGCGGCUAUGGACCGCAAGGCGCGGUCCAAGCCCAUGCAGAACAUCCUGAAUCGCCUGCUGUCGUCCGGCCGCUUUGAGGUGAUUGUGUUCGGCGACAAGGUCAUUCUGGAUGAGGACGUGGAUACGUGGCCUAUUGUCGACGUGCUCAUUUCCUUCUUUAGCACUGGCUUUCCGCUAGAAAAGGCCAUCAAAUACUACGAAUUGCGUAGGCCCGUCUGCGUGAAUGAUCUGUACAUGCAAACGGUGCUGUGGGAUCGCCGUGCUGUCCUGCGCAUCCUCGAGCAGGUGGGUGUACCGACGCCUCCGAGUGUGUAUGCCGACCGAGACGGCGGACCUCGUCUCUCAAAGCCUGUGCUUGACGAAAUCAGGGCAAAUACAGGUCUUGACUUGUCGCAGCGUGCCCCGCCCGCUGAGGUGCAGCUCAUUGACCACGACACGCUCCGUGUGAACGGACGAACGAUCCGCAAGCCCUUCGUGGAAAAGCCCGUGAGCGGCGAGGACCACAAUAUUCACAUCUACUAUCCUCUGUCCAGUGGUGGCGGCGGUCGUCGCCUAUUUCGCAAGGUCGGCAACAAGUCGUCCGAGUUUGAUCCGAGCCUCGUGGAACCCCGCACGGACGGCUCGUACCUGUAUGAGGAGUUUAUGGACGUAAACAAUGCAGAAGAUAUCAAGGUGUACACGAUCGGCCCGGUCUUUUCGCACGCGGAGACGCGCAAGUCACCCGUCGUCGACGGCCUCGUGAAGCGCAAUCCUGAUGGGAAAGAGAUUCGGCAUGUGGCUGAGCUGUCCGCCGAAGAGCGCGACAUGGCACGCCGUAUCACCAUGGCAUUCAAGCAGUUCAUUUGCGGCUUCGACCUGCUUCGUGUGCAGCAACAGAGCUAUGUCAUUGACGUCAAUGGCUGGAGUUUUGUCAAGGGCAAUGACGACUACUAUGACCAGUGCGCUCGAAUUCUGUGCCAGUUCUGCGAGGCCCACCGAAUCGCUCGCCCCCUUCGCCCGCCUAGCGAGGAUGUACGUGCGAUCGAGGAAACGAGCAGCUGGGUGCUCAAGGCGAACGUCACAGUGUUCCGUCAUGGCGAUCGCACUCCCAAGCAAAAGAUCAAGCGAUCCUACAAGACGCGCGACGCAUGGACAGCCCCCCUGGUGGAACUCAUGCAUGGCUGCCGCGAAGAAAUCAUUCUGCGCUCCCACUUUGACGUCGUUUUGCACGCGCUGGACAAAGCCAAGGAGCUCGAUGGUGCAGACGCGCACGACCUCUCGUUUGUCUCCGAUAUCAUCCAGCGCAAAAUGUCGUUCCCAGGUACCAAGAUCCAACUGAAGCCCUCAUACCAUCAUGAUCAGCUGGAAAAGGUGCAGCUCGUCAUUAAAUGGGGCGGCGAAUUCAGCCAUGCGGCCAUCCACCAAGCCCGCGACUAUGGUGUCAAUUUGCGCCGCGACAUUUUGAUUAUGAACAAGGAGGCUUUAGACCAUUGCACCAUCUAUACCAGCUCAGAACGCCGUGUAUUGGCCUCGGCAGAGACGUUCGCACAGGCCUUUCUGGAUGGUAGUGAGUCCGACGCACCGAAAAACAUGAUCGUGCGCAAAGACUUGCUUGACGACUCGAAUGCGGCCAAAGACCUCAUGGACAAUGUCAAGGAAGAGCUGCGUGCUCGCCUGCAGCCUACGCCGGAAAACGCACACAUACGUCCCGAACACUGGCCGAAGGAUCUGCCACCGCCAUCUCUGAUCGGCACCGAGAUCCAAAAGCUGCUUCACAGCCUGGGCGAAACCAUGCACGAAAACUUUUCCAAACUCGAUGUCGAUGUGAUCCAGGACCGCUGGUGUACACACGAGACCCCAGCACUGUUUUGCGAGCGCUGGGAUAAGAUGAUUGAAGACUUUGACUCUCCUAAUGAACCAUCACGCGCGAGUGAGCUGGCAGAUAUGCUGUCACACGACGGACUCCACAACCGCGCAUUCCUCGAGACGAUCUUUUCACGCGCAGAAGACGAUGAGGCACAUAAGCUCGAGCGUCUGCAUCAUCUCUACAGAAUGAGCCUCGCACUCUUCGACUACAUCUGCCCGCGCGAGUACGGUAUAACGCCUGAACAGAAAGAGCACAUCGGCCUGUUGACAUCUCAGCCCCUCCUACAAAGCAUCGUGCAAAAUCUGCAAGUGUCCGAAGACGUGAAGGGCAUGUGCACCUUUUACUUCACGAAAGAGUCGCAUGUACACACGCUGCUCAAUCUCUUGCUGUCCUCGCACCUGUCCAUUAUCAUGCCGCGUAUGCCGCCCAUGGACUACUUUUCCAGCAUUACGUUCGAAGUCUACGAGCGCGAGCGGCCAACAAGUGCCACACGCGCAGCUUCUUCCAAGCCUGAACGAUCACUCGUCAUAAGUGUGUCAGAAGGCGCUCACAGUUCCGAAGUGCUGUUUAUCCGCUUGGACGCUCGACACGCGUUGACGCCACUACCCAGUCGGCCACUUACCUCACACAUGGACUUUGAUGAGUCUAUCUCCAAGCUAUCUUCUUUAUGUCAGAAGCGCGAUGCUCUCGAUACGCGACGUGGCCUUAUCGAGGGCUCGGCUGUAUAUUUCGGCAAGCCUGAAGACGAGGAGCACGUCGUACCGAUCCGUAGCCGCGGCGCUUCUGCCUCGCCAUAG